UUUGAUCCCGUAUUUGAACCGCGGUGUGGUUCUUACGCAAAGUGCUAAAAAUUCAUUUUUAUUUUGUAAACCACCACUCGAUUUUCGAAGUAAUUUGUUCAAAGAUUGCUACUUUGUAUACCUGAACUAUUCGAAAUGCCGUUUAUGAAAGGAAAGGCUCCGAUACGGAGGACAUUGCAAUACCUAAAUGCCGGCCAGUUGAUGCUCAAGGAUAAAGUAAAAAUUUUCAGCGUAAACUACAACACCUACGGCGAUCAUCACGAAGGGGCUAGGGAUUUUGUGUUUUGGAACAUUCCCCAGAUACAGUACAAAAAUCCUAAGGUGCAGGUAGUCACAUUUAAAAACAUGACCCCGUCUCCGUUUAUUCGUUGCUACUUUGAAAAUGGAAAACAAAUGCUUAUCGAUGUAGAUAGCAAAAAUAGGCAAGAAAUUCUGCAGCAUCUCAAGGUAGUGGUGGGAAAGUCUGAGGAGCUUUUGAAAGCCGAAGCUAAACUGGCAGAAAAACAAGACAACCCCGCGAACUUUGGCGUUGGCUGUAUGAAGCAUUGCAUUUGUGAAAUUCCUGGACAACUGCCCUGUCCCGGGGUAGUUCCUGUGCCAAAACACAUGCGUGGAAAAUAUAAGUACCAGAUGAAGGAAUAAUAUGGCCCCGUUGAUGCUCAGGGAUUACCCGAAUAGAAGAAUAAAAUGCUUAGUUUGACGAUUAAUUCAUGUCUAUUUAU